AUGUCGGACGCUCCUCUAGGCGUUUUCUCACGGCUUCCAGCUGAAAUCAGAGAGAUGAUAUGGCUCUACUUUGUUCCAGUGGCUGUGGACAAGACUGAUCUUCGAGUUCUCCAAACAAACCACUCCAUGUAUAACGAAAUCUCGGAGGUCAUCUAUCGUCACUCUUUCUUGGAAUUUGUCUUGACACCAUCGUUCCAUCUCAAUACUGUCUUUUUUGCCAGAUAUAAAGGCGUUUCCCGCCAAAGCACAAUUGCUCCGCCUUUGCUACGGGGCUUUCUUGCAAACCGUUCGUCUUCGGUUGACGAAUUUAUUAGUUUCCCUUUCCACAAACUUAGCAAGGUGCAUCUCACUUUGAAUCUAGAAGCAGUGGCUUCUUGGGGCUGGCAGGAAUCCUCACUCUUGGCUAGAGCAUAUCAGCUUAAUAUUCUAUUGACAGCUAUCGUCAAGAUCCCGUACCUGCAUAUACGUAUCCGUGGAUCUCGUGAUGUUGAAGGAAGGGCUGUAUUUGAGCAAAUUAUUACUCCGUGUAGCGCAUUCAGAGACAUGACAACGCUCACUGUUGAAUACCUCGACCCGGAAACCCAUCCCACUCCGGCGCAGCUCUGGCCAUCCGACCUUUUCUCGCAUUAA